AUGGAAGACACCUCGUUCGAGUAUUCACAAGCCACGACUCGCGCUCGCGCUCGAAAGAACAGGAGAGGUAAUGGCAGACACGAACAGCCUUUGCUAACAGAUCUCGUAGAUCGCUCUAUAGCGGAUAUUGAAUCCAAUGGCUGGAUGACGACUUGUCUAGGCCUAGUCAAAGACGCACUGCGGAAGACUAAUAUGACGUGUCCUGAUGUGUUGUGUCUUGGUCUUGGGAGUCCCUCAUCGUCGCGUGAGGCCCGAGCGCAACUGGCUUUCCUCAUCAGUUCAUGCACUAUCUUGGAAAUAGGUCCAUCAAAUGUGUCCGUAUACGAUCCAGUGUUCACGGAUGCAGAUAAGGCAUUAUUUCAGAGCUUCGGAAUGCGAUGUCUGCCGGACACAGCAAGUCUUUUUGCUCAUGAUGGAAAGCAUGUGGUAGAACGUCCAACGAUCCUGUAUAUGCCACAUUGUGACCUGAAGCUGUAUGAAAACAUUAUCGGUGCUAAUUGGUCAGAAGAACAACUGGCUCGCAUCAUUUUUAUUGCGAACCGGUUCAGCGAUUAUACGGACAGUCACCCCCAAUCAAAGUUGGAAGUCGAAUCACCAUAUCUGAUGCGCCUAGUACCGCACCUCGAGUCCCACUCUCUUCCCGCAUUAGAAAACUUCUCUUCGGCGUUCAAUAACAUUUCGGUCCAACACGUGAAGGCACCGUAA